AGAAUACUGUUGUAUACAAAUUGAAUUCAAUAAAUUUAAAUUAAACAUCCAGAACAGAACUAUUUAUUGGUUGUAUAUAUUGCUUAUCAAGGAUAAAAAGAAUAAUGCUUUAUGUUAACUUAUCGAUGACAGAUGUCACAACUGACGCAAAUGUCAGCAUAGGGCUGGAAGGAGUUUUUACCGGACGACCAGAAUAUGCCGUAAUCGUUCCAACAAUUUGGGCUUUACUCGUCAUUCUCGGGGUGAUUGGAAAUGGUUUGGUAAUAUACACACUGAGUAAAAAUGGAGAAACAACAGCCACAAAUUGCUACAUUGUUAACCUAGCUAUCGCUGAUCUAACAUUUCUUGUAGUUGUAAUCCCUUUCACUGCUUCAUUUUACGCAACACCAGUCUGGAUUUUUGGAGAUUUCAUGUGCAAAUUGGCAAUGUAUAUGAUCUACGUGACCUUACAUGCAACAUCUUUUACUCUGACAGCUAUGACGAUUGACCGAUACCAUGCUAUCGUUCACCCAUUAAGUUCGAUGAACUGGAGAAACAGGAAGAUAUCUACAAUUACCUGUAUCUUUGUAUGGGCAAUUGCUUUUUUCAUAUCUGUUCCGUUUGCCCUAUACCACAAAACCGUCACUGACGAGGAAGAUCAUACAUAUUGUCAAGAAGCAUGGCCAGACGAGACAUUGGGGAAAGUAAUACUCAUAACAGUCACAGGAACUAACUACGUCUUACCAUUAACCAUCAUUGUUAUAUGUUAUUAUCAGAUUCUUCGUAAUUUAUGGAAAGGCUAUAGACGAAAGACAGGAAGAUCUAUAAAUUCAGCAGUUACUAGUGAAACACAAACAAGAAGAAAGAAGCGUAUGACGCGCAUGGUAGCAGUUAUAAUAUUGCUGUUUGCUACAUUCUGGUUUCCGAUCCACGUUAUCAAUAUUUAUACCAAGCUAUAUCCUGAAUUCCCCAAAACCGAACCUAUGUUUAUAAUCAAAUUCCUAGCACACACAUUAUCAUAUGCAAACUCCUGUGUAAAUCCAUUCAUAUAUGCGUUUUUAAAUGACCGCUUUAAAAAAUCGUUCGUGAAAACAUUCCCAUCACUCAGUUACUGGUUUCCUUGCAUGCGAAAUAUUAUUGAAGAACUCGAACACACCCGGAUUACCAACAUGGUGGAUCAAGCAAUUCAAGCAGGAGCAGAUGACAACGAUAAUGACCACGUUGAGGAAAACUGUAACCACAUUCAACUUCAGAAAUUACAGGAAACUAGUUUGCUAUAAGAAAUAUGAGAAUAAUGGUGCUAUACAGUGAGAAAUUAUGACGGUUGUUUGCUGGAAAAGACACGUGUUCUGACUACAAAUGAUUUUUUUUAUAUAUAAUUCUUGUACAAUUUGCUUAUCUACAAAAAAAUGAAAUCUGUUAUCUUUUUUCCUUUAGUUUUUACAGAACAAAAACGUAUGAAUAGAAUCCUCGGGUUUAAAGAAAGUUGAAUUUGAGAGAAAUGUAUAACACAUUAUUGUUUUGAGAAUUUUAGGGAUUUGGCACAUUUUGUCUUCAGAUUUUUCUUCUUCUUUUGUAAGUUAAUUGGCUCAGAGUAUGAAUUGAUAAUUUCUUAUUCUAUUAUGAAAGAAACAAGAUUUGUAAGUGCUUGCGUACAGCCAAAAAUGUUUUGUUUUCGAAGGGAGACUUUUUAAGCGACAACAAACAUGUUUUUUUAAUUCCAGACGAUACAUGCUCAACAAAUAUUUCUGUUUUUGUUUUUGUUAUUUGUUAAGCUAGUAGAGUAAUGCCUCAUUGCAUCAUUUAUUGAUUAAAAUCUCUGAGAAAUCGACUUAGAUUAUUCACAAUGUGAUAUUUGUAUCAGUGAAAUCGACUUGGUAAAUUGAGUAUUGAUACGUAAGGUUUUUUUUUAAUAAGAGUGCGUUAACUAUAGUUUGUUGAGGGUGUUUCUGUUAACAUUUUGACAUUUCAUAUUAAUGUUUCCUGUAAU